CUUCAGGUUGCUGACCCCUUUGACCCCUAUGUCAUCAUUGUGUUUCCUUGAUUCGGGUUGUUUUGUUUUGUGCCUCUUCACGUGGAGUGGCAACUAGUGACAUCAAAUUUCACUUGAUCGAGAAGAUAGAUCAGCACGAAGCAGUAAGCAGUACUAGCAAGUCCAUCCUCCCUUCACACUCAUCAAAUCAUCAAAAUACUACCUCGCAGUAGUAAUACCUUGCCUAUUGUAGUUAGGGUACAGGGCCCGUCUCGUCUAGGCGGUACACUACGGCAGUUUCUUUUCGGGGAAAGCGCAACAACGUCACAACACAAAGAAAUGUAUGCAAAGCGGCCUGAGGCAAUGGUCAACAUGUGCUGUCGAAAGAAUGGUUUCAACAAUCGCAAUUCUGUCAGGACGGUCUACACCACGAGCACUCCUUCAAUUACCGAAAUGUUCCAGGCAACGGCAUUAUACCACCCAAUCUACGCGACAGAACAAUACGGAUCCUGGACUCUUGCCCAAUCGCACAAGGAACAUCCAGUACGCCUUUGACCCAGUCAACAUUCCGACCGAAAAACGGCCAUCGAACCCUUUCCCAUUCCUCGGACGCCAGAGGAUCGCGUUUCCUAUAUUCCAGCAUGCGAACGCCAUCGCCCCAUCCACCAUUGGCGUCCCAUGGCCCACAUUGCUUCCCUCCUCCUUACAAUCGAAAUACUGGAUAGAAGUGGAAGAGGUGGCGAAAGCAUUCACGCAAGAAAUCUUAGCUCGGCGAUCGAAGGACAAGGAAACAAAAUAUUUUGAUGCGAUGAUUGAUGCAGCGGUAUCACUUCUCGUGAAUGCGGUGCCAAUGGGAAAUUUAACGAGGAUGAAGAUACUCACAAAGCUCUACGUCUUUUUCUUCAUGAGUGACGGUGAAUGAAUAUAUGGAUGCUGUUGGUUUCUCGGUUUUUCUAACCUGAUUACGUGCAGAUGUGGUUGAUUCUGGAAAUGUACUCUCUGUCCUCGCCGAUUCGGGUUGUCCAAGAUCAACGUUAACACACUGAUACGGCAGCGCGUGACGAUGAUUUCAAGCCAUGACGCAUUGCAACAGGAGCCGGGAUCGGAUAUCACAGUAUACGAUAUGCUAGCGCGUGAGAUACUCUCCGAAGAUACUAUUCAGGGUGUACGGUUAC